AUGUUCUGGUUUAUUCAGCUCAUCUUGACAUGGAAUUUUUGUGUCAGGUGCGGUACUAUCCACCAGUUCGUUUUGGAUUUGGCCUCUUUGGUCGUGCGACGCUCUAUGCUGGAACUUCUGGCUUCGGCUCUCGGUCCAACGUACUUUCAAGCAUUUUAUUCCCGUCUAAAUCACCGCUCGAUAACCAUCAAUCAGGAAAAUAGAGUCGAUUUUGAGACACCACUUAUCGUUCCAUUGUCUGAUUCGUCUUCGGAAGCAGAGGAGGACGCUGACGGUUCAUCAGCGGAGGGUGUAAAGCGUAAAAGGGUGAUUCCGUUACCUUACAUGGUACAAAGCGAAACAUCACAUACUUCGAAACGAAGACGCAAAACAAUGGCCUCUCUCUUGGGGGACACGGAGUACUUCGUUUGUAAGCAUUGUUUCAAAUCAUUCAAUCGCCGUUCAAAUAUGGUUCGUCAUAUCGAUCGAACGCACUGCGAACGAGUCGUGUUCACUUGCCCUCAGUGCCCAGCCGUCUACAAACACGCCUUUCAUUUUGCGGAUCAUUUGCGUGGUCACGAGGAUGAACCCCAGUUUGUAUGUGAAAGCUGCGACAAGCACUUCAGCUCACGGAAUCAGAUGAGGGCUCACGUGAGGAGAAGAUGCAAGGAGCGUCCUCUGAAAGAAACUGGUAGCAGCUGCCGACGAUCCAGACAGUACGACCCACAGCCUGGUCCGUCCACUGCU